GUUUCAGUUCCAAGCCAAUAAAAAGUGAUAAUCACUCUCUCACUCUCACUCUUUCCGUCUCUCGUUAGUCGUUUGUAACGCCUUUGUUUGCGUUUUUUGCACAGAAGAAUUAACACAUAUAUAGCAAGCAUGGCAGUCACACUCUACGACCUUAGCUCUGCCUCUGGGUUGAAGAAGCUUGAUGAGUACCUUCUCCCACGCAGCUACAUCACCGGGUACCAAGCUACAAAGGAUGAUCUUACUGUUUAUGCAGCUUUGCCAACUGCUCCAUCAGAUGAAUAUGGAAAUGUUUCCAGGUGGUACAAGCACAUUGAUGCUUUGUUGAGAAUCUCUGGUGUUUCUGGCGAGGGAUCUGGUGUUAUUGUUGAGGGAUCCCUGGUUGCGGAGCCUGUUGCAACUCCCCCAGCUGCUGACACUAAGGCUGCUGUUGCUGAGGAUGACGAUGAUGAUGAUGUUGAUUUGUUUGGUGAAGAGACUGAGGAAGAGAAGAAGGCAGCUGAGGAACGGGCAGCUGCAGUGAAGGCAUCUGCAAAAAAGAAAGAGUCUGGGAAAUCAUCUGUUCUGUUGGAUGUAAAACCAUGGGAUGAUGAAACUGACAUGAAGAAGCUUGAAGAAUCAGUGAGAUCUGUUCAGAUGGAAGGGUUGCUUUGGGGUGCAUCCAAACUUGUUCCUGUUGGAUACGGUAUUAAGAAACUGCAAAUUAUGCUUACUAUUGUGGAUGACCUAGUUUCUGUUGAUACUCUUAUUGAGGAACAUCUCACAGUUGAGCCCAUCAAUGAAUAUGUCCAGAGUUGUGACAUUGUGGCCUUCAAUAAAAUAUAAACUACAAUCGGUGGGAUUUGGAGAUCAUGGCAACUGGGAGAAUUGCAAGUUUUAGAAACUAUGUUCUAGGGGGAACUACCCUGAAUUGAGAAUUUUUGUCUUUAGAAACCCGCUUAUAUUAUUUGUUUCUAUAUAUCUUUGUGUUGUCAUCGGAUUAUUUGGAUAGUAAUAAUUUCACCUUUAAUGUGUCAACGGAUUAUUUGGAUGGAAUCACUCAUCUGCUAAAAAGACUUUCAACCAUUUGAAUGGAAUCCCCAUUUGAGGUUGAAGUUUA